AAAGGGAGAGAGGGGGAGAAAACAGGGGAAUUACAUUCAGAGGCACAAAGGCGUAGGGAGAAGAAUUCAGAAUAUUGGGCUGCCUGUCUCAUUGUCACACCAAAUUGGACCCCAAAGCAUCGACAUUGCGUUUACCCAGACCGAUGGGUUAACAGAACCUCGUCAGGAGAAGAAACCCACCAGAUUGUCAAAUGAAUAACAGGAAGGAAGACAUGGAGAUCACGUCCCACUACCGGCAGCUCCUGCGGGAGCUGAACGAGCAGCGGCAGCACGGCAUCCUGUGCGACGUCUGCGUGAUCGUGGAGGGCAAGAUCUUCAAGGCGCACAAGAACGUGCUGCUGGGGAGCAGCCGCUACUUUAAGACCCUGUACUGCCAGGUGAAGAAGGGUUCGGAGCAGCAGGCCACCAUCACGCACCUGGACAUAGUCACGGCGCAGGGCUUCAAGACCAUCCUGGACUUCAUGUACUCCGCCCACCUCGCCCUCACCAGCAAGAACGUGAUCGAGGUGAUGUCGGCCGCCAGCUACCUGCAGAUGACCGACAUCGUGCAGGCCUGCCACAACUUCAUCAAGGCCGCUCUGGACAUCAGCAUCCGCAGCGAGCUGGCCGACGAGCUGGCGGACUUCGAGAUUGGCGCGGCGGCCGUGGGCGGGACCGGGGCGGGCGGGGCCGAGGCCCUGGCGUCUAUGAUGCUGGCCCGUAGCUCCUCGCCCUGGCUGGCUCGUCGCACCAGCCCCGCGAACUCCUCGGGCGACUCGGCCAUCGCCAGUUGCCACGAGGGCGGCAGCAACUACGGGAAGGAGGACCAGGGGCCCAAGAGCCACGAGAGCCAGGAGGACGUCUCCUCGCAGCCCCUGUGGCCUGGUGACUUCCGCUCCGUCCAGGUGAAAGAGGAGCAGGUCUCCCCCUCAAACUUUAAAGACGGACCGGCCGGCGGGGCUCAAGGCGCUCUGAUGGAGCAGGGCGGCGGGGAGAGCUGGCAGCCUUCGGGCUCAGGCCGACGGAAGAACCGCAAAAACAAGGACACGGUGCGGCACAUAACCCCGCAGGCAGAGAGCGACAGCCGGGCGGGCUCGCCGUUGCCCUCCGUCCUCUCCACCUCCGGCUGGAGCUACAACAACCAGGACCUUCCAGUGGCCGACGUCAUGGAGGCCAACAGCUCGGACUGCCGUGGCGACCGGCUGGACUUCCUGGUGAAGCAGGAGGAGGCCCUCUCGGGUGAGGCCGCCUUCCUGUCGCAGUCUCUGGCGGCAGAGAAAGACGACCCCACCUGCCAGGUUGCCUCCGUGGCCAACCUGCGGGCGGCGCUCAUGAGCAAGAACAGCCUCCUCUCUCUCCGCGCCGAGAUGCUGAGCGAGGACAGCCCCCUGCUCUUCGAUUACCUUCCCAAAAGCGGCCACUCCUUAUCCCUGAACGAUUUCACGGUGAUCAGGAAGAAGUUCAAAUGCCCGUACUGCAGCUUUUCGGCCAUGCACCAGUGCAUCCUGAAGAGGCACAUGCGCUCCCACACCGGGGAGAGGCCCUACCCCUGCGAGAUCUGCGGAAAGAAGUUCACCCGCCGGGAGCACAUGAAGAGGCACACUCUGGUGCACAGUAAGGACAAGAAGUACGUGUGUAAGGUGUGCAGCCGCGUCUUCAUGUCGGCGGCGAGCGUGGGCAUCAAGCACGGCUCCCGUCGCCACGGCGUCUGCGCGGACUGCUCGGGGCGGGGCAUGGCGGCCCUGCUGGACCAGAACGGCGACGCGGGCGAGGGCGAGGAGGGCUCCCCCGAGGACGAGCUGUACCCCGGCGACCCCCGUUUCCCUGACGACCCGGCCGACGGCGACGGCGACGAGGAGAUGCUGGCUGACGGGGACGAGGACCACUCAGGGACGCCUCACAGAGACGCCAUGUUGGACAAUGACAAGGAGGAGAGCGACUCGGCACAAGAAGGGGAAAACCAGGCGGGGAGCGACAAAGAGUUCGCCUGGAUUUCUUAGUUCAUUUCUCUCUUUUUUAUAAGUGUAAUUUAAAGAAAUCUAUACGAAGAUGCAGCCUCUGACCAUGGGUAAGACACGGCAGUGUUACUGACUAUAAGAGGCGCGAUAUUCACACGUGCACAUUUAUACGUCCUUAUCACACUUAUCUGUGAUGAUGGUGGGAAAGGUUAUUAUUGUUUUCUUUUAUUGUUCAUUUUUAAAAUUUUGCCACAGUGCGUUGUUUCAGAGGGUCCAAUGAUGCUCUGGGUCUCACGUCGGGGUUUGGUAUAAAUCUGACAUUUUGAAGAUGGAGACCGUGUUCUGCAGAUGUUGAACGGCGAGUGUCGACUCCGUUUGAUUGCGAGAGUUUUGGAAGCUUUGACACUGAACAGUAACGAGACAAGUGCCGUCUGUCUUCUUGCCAUGCAGGCAACUGC